AUGGUAAACUUUGUCACUAUCGGUGACACCAAGUACCACGUCGAUGUUGGCUUCGGGGCUGACGGGCCUGUCGUCCCAAUGCCUCUUGAGCGCUCGGGUACCAUCCAAAAGCACAUUCAACCUGCGUCGGCCCGUCUCCAAUGGCGCAACAUCCCUGGGAAUACUGACCCAAACCAGCGCCUCUGGGUUUACGAAUACCGAAGAAAUGACGAUAGUGACUGGGAGAUCAAGUACUCGUAUAGUGAGUUGGAAUUUCAGCCACAGGACUACGCGAUGAUGAAUUAUUUCACUUCUACUAGCAUGAAGACUUUCUUCACGCAGAUGGUCGUAGCUGAUAAGAAGAUUAUGGGCGAUGACGGGGAGCUAGUAGGGAAGUUGAGCCUGGCGGCCAAGUCUUUGAAAUGGAAUGUAAAAGGGGAAAAGACCAAGGAAAUCGAGUUCAAGAGCGAAGAGGAAAGGAUAGAUGCGCUUGAGGAGUACUUUGGUAUGAAGUUUGGAGAUGCGGAGCGCGAGGGCAUCGCGGGACUGCCAUCAGAAAUCAAGUAG